AUUCAGACACGGAUCCCCAAAGCGGCUAGUUUGGCUCAAAAGCUAUGCCGUUUAAGAUUAUCAGCCACGUAAAUUAAGAUCAUUCCCUGACUUUUUGUCUCUCCGAUCGGAAUGGAAGCUACGAAGCUGACAAACCAGCAAGGUUGGACUGCAAGAUAUGAUGAUUCAUAAGUCCCGUACAAGCUCGCAAUCUUUCAAUUCCCAUUUCAAAGACGACUUCUAGUUCAUCAGCAUGACAACACAAAAACUCGGUGCUGCGGCACUCCGCCGAGUCUCUAUGUCCAUUCACCAAAAAAUCGCAGAAUCGAAUACCCUUCAAUUUACGAAACGUCCUUCCUCGUCAACGAUAUCACGAUGCCCGCAGCAUGGCGCACGACAGUUGCAUUCUCAACUCGCAAGGCGCAAUGGCACAAGCCAGGGAGAAGCAUCGAACCCAGCAAUGGCAUUCCCGUGUCUCGACGCCAUAGAAACGAGAUCCGCGACGUUGGAAGCGAGGUCCUUGUUAACGGGCCCGGAACCGGCCUAUACCACAGGCGCGACCGAAGUCUUCCGCUGCAAAGAUCCUUUGCUGCUUGACUGGGGCGGUGUCUUGCCCGAAUUCGAUGUGGCAUACGAAACGUGGGGAAAGAUGAACGCCGACAAAACGAACGUUAUUCUACUUCACACAGGUCUUUCUGCUUCAUCGCAUGCGCAUUCAUCCGAGAGUAACCCUCAGCCAGGCUGGUGGGAGAAAUUUAUAGGGCCGGGCGGCUGUUUGGACACGGAAAAAUACUUCGUCAUUUGCACAAACGUGAUAGGGGGGUGUUUUGGAUCAACCGGUCCGAGCAGCGUCGACCCGGCGGAUGGCCAGAGAUAUGCCACGCGCUUCCCCAUUCUGACGAUGGAGGAUAUGGUUAGAGCCCAGUUCCGGCUACUCGACAACCUUGGAGUUGAAAAGCUGUAUGCGAGCGUGGGAUCGAGCAUGGGAGGCAUGCAGUCCUUGGCGGCUGGUCUGUUAUUUCCCCCACGAGUCGGUCGAAUAGUCUCCAUCAGCGGCUGCGCGCGGAGUCACCCCUACAGCAUUGCCAUGCGACACACGCAACGCCAAGUCCUGAUGAUGGACCCGAACUGGAAUAGAGGAUUCUACUAUGGCAGGGUUCCCCCGCAUGCUGGUAUGAAGCUUGCGCGAGAGAUUGCGACAGUCACGUACCGAUCAGGACCCGAGUGGGAGCAGAGGUUCGGUCGGAGGAGGGCAGAUGCUGCGAAACCGCCGGCCUUGUGUCCUGACUUCUUGAUUGAAACAUACUUGGACCACGCUGGAGAAAAAUUCUGCCUCACAUACGACCCGAAUAGCUUGCUUUACGUCAGCAAAGCAAUGGAUUUGUUUGAUCUCGGUCGUGACACUCAGCAAGCGACUGCAUUGAGGCGGGCGGAGCGGAUAAAGCUCAUUGAGUCUGGAACUCAACCAACCCCGAGCGAUCCUUCAUGCAGUUUGACCCUCCCAAAUUCGCCGUAUGCAGAGCAGCCAGACUCCGAGAUUGAUGGCACCAAUGUCGCUAUCAAAGUGGCAACGCAACCCCCUGAUGAUCUGAUUGCCGGUCUUUCGCCUCUGAGGGAUAUCCCGACUUUGGUGAUGGGAGUCGCCAGCGAUAUCCUCUUCCCUGCGUGGCAACAAAGGGAGGUUGCCGAAGCCCUGCGACUUGCGGGCAACAGAAACGUUGCACAUGUUGAGUUGAGCGAGGAGCAGAGCAUGUUUGGCCAUGAUACAUUCCUACUUGACCUCAAGAACGUCGGUGGCAAUGUGCAGAACUUCCUUGGCUAGGCUAGAUUUGGGUCAUCAGCCCCAGGACUUGUAUAUGCUUUAGGCAUAUGCCUGGAGUUGUAGAGCUUAGUCCCUGGUCAGAGUAGCACAUCAUGUACAUGGUACUGUAUAAGUAUUACAGCCGAACCAUGACGAAAAAAGCGAGUGAGUCUUACCAUUGCAUGAAGUAUAUAGAUGAUUGAAUAUACAUGAUAAGAUAAACGUAUUUAUGUCCAAUCUACCGGUACCAAGCCGA